AUCCCCGGAAGGCUGGCGCACCGCGCACCCGUAGGACUAGGGUAAGAGAAGCCGGCGAUUGUCAGAGACAGCGAUCAGAGCUUAGGUUUUUAAUCCAUGGCUUUGAACAGUGGAUUGAGAUCAGGCUUGAAGCUAUUGACUUCUUCUAAAUCUGCAUUUUCGAAAUCAGUCGGUCGAGGGUUCCACUCAACUAGAGUGAAGAGAAUGAGUAGUGGACAUGGUCAUGAUGAACCAUACUACCUUCAUGCAAAGCACAUGUAUAACUUGGAUAGAAUGAAGCACCAGAAGUUGAAGAUGACUCUCGGGGUGUUUACUGCUUUCAGCAUUGGCGUGGGUGUCCCUGUCUGGGCUGUCAUCUUCCAGCAAAAGAAGACAGCCUCUGCUUGAGUUGUCAUUUACUGGUGGAAAUAAAAGACACUUUGACUCAUCUUCUUCCUGCAGAGGAAUGCAAAACUGUAGUUUCUUACUUUGCCAAGAAAUAGGACUAGCUCCAAAAAGGAAUUUCUAUGAGUCUAAUGGCUGGAAGUCAGAGAGCCAGAUCUGAUUUUUAUGGACAAAGUAUUAUUCUUUUUGAUUGAUUAUGAACAAAUUAUUUUGUUUGGGUUUUCUAGGUUGUCAUUCAGAAUCUUCACUAAAAGGUUCUGUUUGGUAAGAUGUGUGAAAUAUGAAUGACAUGGGAGAUUCUCCUACACUGGCGACUUGGGGAAUUCUUACCCUAAGAAUAAUUGAAUUUUUAUUCCCUUUA